UCUCUCACUCGUUCUUUUUUCCCCUCUCUCCUUCCAGCGGUAAAUGCGCGUCUUUCCAUCUCCGUAAGAACACGUACGAUGCACGUGCCGUCGUCGUAUCUGACCCGUUCCAUCCUUUUGCCCGAUUUUUCUUUCGAUUUUGUAUAAAUUUUAUUUCGAAAAGUGGCGAUUCUCUCUUACUCUCGAUCGCGUUUUCGAAAAAAAAUCCAAACGUACGAUCGGUUUCGUUGCCUCUCUUCUUCCGCACUGUUCUUCUUCUGCGUCGUCGUGACGAUGGUGGCCGUGGCGAUGGUGGCGGCGUGUCUUCUGGGGAAGAAGGCUAGGAAGAAGAAGCGGAGGAGAAAGAAGAAGGAAGAGGAGGAGGAGGAAGAGGAGGUGGAGGAGGAAGAAGUUGGACGAAUGGUGGGGGCAACUCUUCUCUACUCCCCAGAACUCGGUUGGUGGGGGUAAGGCAACACUCAAAGAUCGUGGUGACGUAGUUCUGGCAGGAACGCGACGCGUUUUUGUCCCCGCCGGAAGAAAAGACCGUUUUAUUACGAUCCGUUUUACUACGACUGCCUGCCUCUUCUCGCGCUCUUCGCGGUGGCCGGUGUCUUUGGGAGAGCCAGAAACAGAGAGAGAGAGAGAGAGAGAGAGAGAGAGAGAGAGAGAGAGACAGAGAGACAGAGAGAGAGAGAGAGAGAGAGAGAGAGCACGACGCAGAGGGAGGGUGCGAAGGAAGAGAAACGAGUCCUUCCUCGAGUAGGGUGGGGAUACGAGAGGAGAGAGGGCAAGUGACUUCCACGAGACCGGAAGUCCAACUUCUUCCGGAUCGUUCUCCGAAUCGCGCGAAUCGAUCCUUCUCGCGAUCCGGAAGAUCCGCGUCUUCCGAACGGAGACGGAUCGUUUCGUUCGCGGGGAUAAACGAAAAGAGAGGGGGAUCCCGUCAUGAAGCUUUCGUCCUUUUCCGUCUCUCUCGACUUAGUAGUCUUUCCGUCCUUUCUAUACUUCUUUUCGACCGCGAAGUCAGAGAAAAGAGCAUCGAAGCGACUUGCUGAUUUCAACUUGAGAGCUUUCGUCGUCGUAUGAAGAAAAAAAGAAAAAGUCACAAAUAGAAUUGGAAAGUUCGCCGAGGAGUGUUCGAGAUCGCGUUCGACGGUGAAAGGUGCUCGCUAUUCCUUCGAAGGGAAUUGGUGCCCGCCAAAGAACCCAAGGAGUUUGAAAAGAGGGCCAGAGGGGACGGAGAUGAGCCCCGUUCUCCUGGUGAUCUACCUCCUCCUCGUCACCCCGAUUACCACCGGAUCGUUUUGGACGGUAGGAAGUCAGAUGGUGAUGGAUCCGAUGUUAGUUUGCAAGAAAACGAGAAGAUUGAAAGGAAAGCUCGCCGACAUUUGCCGAAAGGAGCCGUCCUUAUUGAAGGAGAUCGCAAAAGGCGUUCAAGUCGGUACGAGAGAAUGUCAACACCAGUUUAGAAAUCGCAGAUGGAAUUGUACGACGAUACGGCGAUCUCUGAGAAAAAUUCUUUUACGCGAUACCAGGGAGACUGGCUUCGUGAACGCCAUCACCGCCGCUGGAGUUACUUAUGCGGUUACCAGGGCCUGUACCAUGGGUGACCUUGUGGAAUGUUCAUGCGAUAAGAUGACGACGAAGGGCAAUCGACUGGGCAAACUCGCGCUGACGGCGGACGUAAAGAAGAACCUUCUUACCGAGGGCGAAUGGGAAUGGGGCGGAUGCGGGGACAACGUUAAUUUUGGCUUUCGAAAGUCGAAGGAUUUCAUGGACGCACCGUAUAGAAAACGUAGCGACAUCAAGACUCUGGUGAAGCUUCACAACAAUGCCGCGGGACGUUUGGCGGUGAGGAAUUUCAUGACGAUCGAGUGCAAGUGCCACGGGCUGUCGGGCUCGUGCAGCGUGCGCACCUGCUGGCGAAAGAUGCCGUCCUUUCGCGAGGUCGGCGAUCGUCUGAAGGAGUCGUUCGACGGGGCGGCGAAGGUGAUACCGAGCAACGACGGGCACAGCUUCAUCACCGAGGGUCCGACCAUCAAGCCACCCGGUAGAUUCGAUCUGAUUUAUAGCGAGGACUCGCCGGAUUUUUGCAAGCCGAAUCGGAAGACCGGAUCUCUCGGUACUGUCGGCCGGCGAUGCAAUUCCUCCAGUCCUGGCGUCGAAGGUUGCGAGCUACUCUGUUGCGGCAGGGGCUACGACACGAGGAUAGUCAAGGAGAAGGUCAAUUGUCAGUGCAGGUUCAGAUAUUGUUGCGAGGUCACUUGCGAGACCUGUCUCGUAAAGACCACCGUCAACACUUGUCGUUGACCCUUUUUUAUACUCUUAUAACGUUUUUACUCUUUUAUUUUGCAAAAGUUUCGAGAACGUGCGCGCACCCCCUAUAUUUAUACGCUCGAUAUUAAUGUAAAUGAUAUUAAAAGAGGCGCGUUGCGAGCGACGCGUUGACUCGCGCUUCGUCUCAUGUACCGAUCGAUUAACGUCCCCGUUUUAUAUCCAAGCGUCUUGUGAUUUAUAUUUUAUCUUAGUACAUACCAUUUAAGUAUAGAAAAGUAUUCAAGUACCGAUGCCUAUUCGAUAAAACGUUAACGAGAUGUAAAUAGUAGCAAGGUUCUCACGGUCUCCUUAAGGAUUAAUUCUUAAGUAUAAUCGACGUUUCUCCUUGGUACCGUUGCAAUUAUUUUUAACAACAUCGCCUUGCGAUUAGUUUUAUUAUCGACGUAGACGGGAAGGUAACGUUCAUUCUUUUUAGCUUACCAUUAGCGUUAAUGAAAGAGGUCGUUAAUUUUUUCACUUAAAGCUUUCCGCGUAUCUCCAGCGUUUCUUUUCCAUAGGUAUAUGCUUACACUUACUCGACUCACUCGAGUUGCAUAUACCUACACGCACACACGCACACACGCACGCACGCACGCACGCACGC